AACAUUUCUGAUUGCUUAACAACGUCGACGAAAACACAGUGGUGGUUCCGCAUGGUAGUGCGCUCAUCUGCAUAAAGGCCGACUGCACGGGAUGACGAGGCCGAAUGAGAGCUGGCGUGUAAUAAUGUCGUCAGUUUCGCGAAGGUUUAUUGCACCGUCGUGUAGCCGCUUGUAGGAGAGACUUAAUAUCGUCGGCUGUAAGCCGGUCCGUAAUAUCGAGCCGACUCGUUUUCUACCGCGUUUCGUUUCCGCGGCAAUUCCGCUGACACAACGAGAAUCGCGUGCACGCCGCGUGCAUGCCUGCCCGGAGAUAUUUGUCCGCUUCGGACGCACAGCCGAGGAAUUCGUGUCGCGGACAAUCGGGACCUGAUCGAUACACGAACGCGAACCAACCACCAACGAACGCCUUGUUGUUACCCGAACGAGAGUCAAUACGACGGGGAAAUUGGAAGCUGUCGAUGCGCGGUUCGUUCGUUUUUCAACGAUAGAGAGACUAUUUUCGAUCGUUUUGGGAUACUUAUCAAUGGGAAUUUUGGAUGAUUAUUUAGUGCAAGUGAUUGAGAUUUGUAGAUGGACUGGGUAUCUGGCAUUAGGAUGUUAAAGAAAAAUGGAAAGUUUGAGGUUGAUGUGAGUAAACGUCGUUGUAUGUUUUGAGAGUGUCUGCUGAAUGUGAUUUUGCUGAAGUGUGUAAAAGAGAUUGUUAAAUAGAAAUACGCGAAUAUUAGAAUCAUACCUGGUUCGUGGAAGAUACGUGCCUGGCGAUAUAAAGACAGAUCUUAUUACGUGAAAAUGAUUCGUUAGCACAGUGGAAAAUGAAAAUCGUAUCCGCAAUCUCGUUAGAAAAGUAGUAUACACUAACCGAACAUAAUAUAAAUGUAAAAUGAAAUUUUAUCGAUCAGAGCGUUUAUACGUACAAAUAUUUGCAAUUGACGUUUCGAGAAGACUGGCACAUGCACCUGCAAGUUUUUAUAAAUAAGCCAUAUGAAAUCCAAUUUCUCGUCAAAUAUACCACUUUAACGAUCCUUCAUUACCCAACAAACUUUUCAUUUCUAGCUACUUCAUCGAAGCUCAUGAAACUUUCCAGUAGCCUGUAAAUUGGAAAAAAAGUGAAAUGGAAAACUGCUUUGAAAAAUCGAACAGCCACUACCAGUUCUAUGGAUCGAUCUCGGAAAUCAGCGGAGCUCGACCAAUCGGCAUAAAGAACCCAUCCCGUGGUUCGAUCGCAGAAAGCUUUGAUACGCUUCGUUCGUCGAUUGGUCGGAAAGUACGCUUCACACGAGUUUCUGGGUAUUCGCAACUUUUAAAAUAGCAAAGUGUACUGUAUGAUUAGUAAAAGUAUGUGAUUAGAACGAACGGUGAGUAUAACACGAGACUACGCGACUACGAGACUAUGUUACUACAAACGUCGUUUAGCAUUUAUUUUAUCAUGGACGAAUUCUACCGAGGUGCGAAGGAUCUCGAACCAGCAUUCUCAUUUUCCUUCUACAAGGAACAAGAAAAUUGUGAUGCAAGAAAAUUCUAUUCCUGAUGGAUCGAGGCUGACCGGUAAAGAACUGUUUCAUUUCUUAAAUAUCCACAACGACCACCUCAGAAUAUUGAAGCGACAUACUCGACACUAAAAUUGGCAGAAAUUAAAGGUAACAGUAAUAAUUGGUUGCAUAGGUCUCGUGACUUCGCGAAUGAACGUUGCGUCGAUUGCUAUCGAGGUGCAGGAAGAAAUUCCGAAUUUUUCGUUAAUCCUAGAAAGAAUAAUUUGUUUAGCUAUAAACGAAAUUAAAACGAAUUAUGGUAAAAAUACUUAUAAAAAGUCUAACGCUUAAAAAUAUCAAGGAAAUCGUAUCCGCGCCGUACAUUCGGCUUGGAAUUAACUAUUGCUAACACUUUCACGGAAUUUUGUUCGAUCUAUUAAAAGCAACGGAUGACAUUUCCUAGUUGAAUCCUCGUAACUUCCUCCGCCCCUGGAUACUUCGCGAUUCCCGGGGCUUUGUGUAUUUUGACGGGGGUGUUAACUGACCCCGUGGCUCACGGAGGCAGCGCGAAGGAGGGGUCGUGCUCAAGAGCAGAAGAGGGUGGCAUUAGGUCGAGGUCACCAGGACGCCGAAGCGAUCGAUGCAGCCCGCCAGGCAGCACCACCCACGCUUCAACCCUCUCCGCUUUCUCCCUCCGCCGAGAAAUCUCCACUCUUCUCUCCGGUGGAAGCCGAAUACACCGAUCUCCGACUCUCGAUUCUCUUACUCUCUCUCUCCUUGUCCUACACCAGACUGGUUCAUUAUGUUUCUAUUUACGUCUGGUUGCAUUUAGGCAGAGACGUCCGGGAAAAGACUCGCGCGCGGGUUCAACACGUGGAUGCUCCAUAUCCGAGCUUCGAUCAGCUGUUUUCCCGGGGCGUCAACGCUUCCAGAUUUUGCUACGCUUCGAGAGAAACGAAUGCAAGCUUCGACAUGGAAUAAUUUUUAAAGGAACGCGGAGCGUUAGGAAUUCUUUGUGAUUCCCUCGCAGAUGUUGACGCAUCCACUGCGUCGAUUCAAAUGUCGGGAAGCCUUUUGUAUUUUAAUUUUUGUAUGCUUGGGUGAAAUAACUUGGAGAGUCAAACAAAGUACAAAGCAGCGUACUGGAACGAAGGUUGUUACUUCAAAUGAAGAUGUUUUUAAUGAAAGAAAAAUGCACUUUGGGGUAGGUAUUUGUAUUUUAGUAGCAGUGAAUGUGGAAAUGAGGAAAUAUAAUGGAUAUUAUUAAAUAAAUUAUCGUGGCAGUAUUUCAAUGGUAGUUCUGAAAGCAGUAAAGACUACUGAAAUAUGUACAAAGAUGCAUGUAUCAGUGACUUUCUAUUUUAUGAUAUCAGUUUACGUAUCUACAUGGAAAAUAACUUGAAUAUGAAAUCUUAUUUCGAUAAUACGAAAUCUGAACCUUCGAAGAUCGAAAUUGUUAUAUACAUAGGUACAGAGUCAAAGUAUGUCACUCUAUGUUGAAUAUCAUAUUGCAUGACGAUAACGUAGAUAUCGCUAUAUUUGCUAUUUAUGUGUAGUACAUCGAAUCAAUACUGUUCAUAUUUGAAGAUAUUCUGAGAACAGAAUCCGAAUCGUUUUAAGACUCUGCUUCAAAUAAAUUCCUACGAAUGGAACAAGGUCAUCCAAAUAGAGUAGCAACUCAUACAAAAUUCAACGCACAAAAAUUCAACUCCUUUCUUAAACUAAUUUAAAUUAUCCUAAAAUACUUCUAAUUUCAUAUAGAUGUAUCAAACUUUCAAAAAUCUAUUUAAAUCAAAAUGAAUAACUACUACCUUCAAAAAUUCUUUUCUACUUCAACUUAGUCGCGUUUACGAACUGUCGAUCGAGUAGAGUAGUUCGCAGGAGGGUGCACAUGAUUUGCUUAAGCUUAAGAUGCGCUUUCAGAGCUGGCAAAUAACUUUACAUAAAAUCGACGAGCAGAAGAAGCGAUUCAGCCACUCCUUGCGUUUGUAAUUUCAAAGCGCCUGUAAAACCGCAAUUUACGACGAAGAGAAACAUUUCGACCUCGAGCUUCGUAACGUCUCGACGGUUUUCCAUCGAAUUUACGCGAAACCGCGAAACGAAUCCAUCACGACCGAUUACCGAUCGGAAGGACUCGUUUCGAGUCGAAUUUUACUCGAAACAGACGAAGGUCGCGUCCCGUCGUUUUGUCUGCCGCGUGUUGUUUGGUUUCCAAGGCCUCUUCUCCCGAUACUCGCGACGAUCUCCCUCUUUUCUCGUUCUCUAUUAUCUUGUAAACGUCGUGAUCGUUUCGAAUCAGCCGUUUAUCCCUUGAGAUUUGUUAACGACCUAACUCCGCGAAGAUCACGUUCACGUUCUGCAAUGACGCCGGUUCUCCGAGUGACUUCUGCGUGACCUAAUGCGACUCAUACCAUGCGAACAAGCUUUACGCGUUAUGACGAGGAAUCUAGAAGUUCUGCAUCCAGUGAAGACGAUUCUUGCUUCUUCUCGGAACUCGAUCUGUUAAAUCCGAGACGUUCUUGUCAAAAGUCGCGGUAUCUGCAUCAUAAUAUAAUAGGAACUAAGAAUCAUUCAGCAAACCAUUUCGAAGCAUCCAGAAGGAAUUCUAAUCACUGUUGCUGUUUUGCAAGCUACGAUCACGUCGAAACAAAAUUACUAUACGAUAAAGUAGUUAAGAGUACCAAGAACAAUCGUGCAUCGAGUUUUCAAUAUUUUCCGGAUUGUAGUCAUCGAAGGAAGCAUGAGGUAACCUUUGCCACGAAGAGGUCUUCCAGCGGCAGCAAGGAUCUUAGAGCCAAAUCUCCUACGAAACUUGGGAGGGGAAAAAGUACGCCGCGAAUAAUUCGUGCGAUCCGUCAACGAAGUAGAAAAUUCGAGCCGAACGAGGAUCGAUCGGAAUCACCGCGACCCGGAAACAGCAAGAGCAGCGUCGUUGUCCUGUAUCACGAGAAAUCAGUCGCGCCAGCCGCAACAACCCCCAAACCACCCCUCAGAGCAGUUCAGUCGGAACGAACGGUUACGCGCGAACUGAGUCCAUCGGUUGUCCACACUGUUCGAUCCCCGCGUCACCAGAGGUCGAAUCUGGUUGGAAGUCCAGAGCACCGACCUCCCAUAUAUCUAACUGACCGAAGAAAAGCUACUUUGAGACGUCGACGUUUAUCGAAGCGACGAAGACCACUCAACGUGCACAUUUAUCAGGACAGCCGCGUAGUACAGGCUCGUUCCUUGUCGGAGGAUCAUCGUGUCGGACCUAAAGAGGUGCAGCUAGCGGAACAGGGAUCCGAUCUGGUUAAAUACACGGUCAAGUCUGCGAAAAAUUUGAUUAGAUCCGAAGGGGACUCCUCCACUCGACAGGACGACGAUUCGGAUGACCCCGAUCAAGAUAGAAGAACGAACAAACAGUGGAAACACGAUAGAAUCUUCGGGGAACGAUGUUGUCCCUCUGAUAAUUCCGUUUCUAAACUAAUGGCUCGUUCCAGUCCAGGAAAAGACGGCGAUUGCAAGCAACGCAAAAACGAAGCAGUCGGCCCAAACUUCAACUAUCUAAUGCAGCAAAUGCAUACAAGGCCAAGGGAACGAGGUGACGAUCAUCGUGUAUUUAUUGGCGUAAACGGCGGCGACAACUCGAAACGAGUAUUUCCAUUCCAGGCAACCCCGAGCGGUAAUCUGAAGAUCGUUCCUAAUCAGGUGGUGUUCGAAUCGAAGAAGGUCAGUGUGUUGGUUGCUGAUCCCAGACAUACAAAGGUUAACGUCAAGGCCGAAUUGAAUACAACCCAAAAAGAGCUUGGUGAACGUAUAUCUGAGUCUUCCACGCAACCGGGGUCCAUCGAUCUUCCACUAGGUGUAGUAUCGUCAUCGACGAUCAAUCAGUUGCAAAGUCACAAAAAGUUUCCGGUUGUCGAGGACAAUUAUAAACCAGCAAUGCAUCCGUUCAAAGCUAAAUUCGGCCAAGUAGAGGCGAUGGAACACAAACAACAACAGUCAACGUCGUCUGCGUCUCACGAAAUACCAGUGUUGCAAGAUGUGCCACUGUCCACACUCGGAUUUACGAGUGAACAACCAAUCGAUUGGGAUAACAUAAUUCUCCCGGAGAAGACUGACCUGUAUCAGGAGCUAGCCAGGCGUAUCACAAAUUACAAGAACGCUGACUGUAUCGUGCGAAUCGAUCAGGACGAGUUCCAUUGCCAUCUGCUGGUGCUACAGAGCUACAGUACCUUUUUCGACGAGAAGAAUUGCAAGGAGAUCGAUCUGACCGAGAGUGACGUAUCUUCGAAGGCGUUUUCGCUCAUUUACGACUGGAUGAUCAGUCCACAAAACGAGAGCUACAGGCUUUUGCAAAGGGACAACAUCCUGGAAGUUUUUACCGCAGCUCAAUAUCUCGGAAUUAAAGAACUGGAAGAACAAUGCUGGGCUUUCAUAGACAAUGACGAAUUAUUCGCCGAAGACACCGCGUUUUUAUUAUAUCUGGAAGCGAAAAGAGUCGGAAAUACCGCAGUCAUGGAACUGAUGGUGCCGAGAAUUAUGAAAUUCUUUUUGAUGCUGGUCAGCACUAAAGAUUUCCUCGAAUUAUCCGUAGAUGAACUAUGCCUUUUAUUGAAGUCUAACUAUAUUUGCGUCAAUAGUGAAAUGGAAGUUCUUAUGUCUGCUGUACGAUGGCUGAUGCAUGAUUGGGCGAACAGAAAGCAGUACAUGUUGGAAGUUUUGAACUGCGUUCGAUUUGGGUUGAUCGCUCCGUGGCAAUUGGUAGAUGUGAAAAGAAAUCCAGAAAACCCAGAAUUUAUGGAACUAAUGUCUUCUCCUGAGGUACAGAAAAUGGUCGAUGAUGGUCUAGCUUUCGUUAUUAUAAAAUAUUGGUACGGUAACCAGACGGAAGAUUACUAUCACUGGAUCGAUCUAUUAGGGCUUACGGAGCCAACCAAUCGAAAUUGGGCUGGAGAGGACAAGAACUACGUAACGUAUCGAGAAUUUUUGCUUUACCUCGAAGAAUAUCAGAAAACAAAAAUUUCGGAGUUGAAAAUGCGAAAGAGUCGUGGAAAACCCAAGAUAAUCGAUUCACCUCACAACGAUUACACAUUUGCUGCUCCUAAGGCACCGAACAACUAUGUUCAAAGCUCAGGAGACACCGGUGCUAUUCACAAUGGGCCAGCAAUGCAUUCAAGACACACGAAACCACUACCUUCAAAUUAUUUACCAUUGGAGAUACCAGAGGGCAUGAUGAUGCCUCCAAAAUUUAUGAACGAAUACUUAAGCAACUUGGAAAGAAGCAAAGGGAAAGACGAGAAGAACGUCGCCUUCGAUACAAGAUUCACCGGUGGCGGGGAAUCGCUGAAACUAUCCUGUAGGUUGCCUACAGUAGAAAAAUACACGCAUGAACACUGUCAACGCGGCGUGAAUUCACUGGUAAAGUCCUCGACGAGAGAUCUCGUUCGUGAGAAGAAACUUUCUCGGUUCGACGAGACGUCCCCUCCCCCUUUUUUUCAGGACGCCGAUAAAUUGGAUUACGAAAGCCGACAGGAGAGGAAUGCGACGGAUGUUUGCCAGUGCCAGCAGCAGCGCGAGUCGAAUUUCAUAUUUUCCGUAAAGAAGCAGAAGAUGAGAUGUAAGAUACCGAGGGAACCGGAAGAACGUACAGACUCCUGCAAAUCCGAGGAGGAGGCCGCCACAACGAUACAGGCCGUUUAUAGAGGAUACAAGGCUCGAAAGAGAUUUGACGAAAUAAGGAAAUCAACAUCAGGGGAGAAGCAGAAUAUCAAAAAGAUAGCGGAACUUUUGGCCAUCCCGAUGGACGAAACGCUUCGCGAUCCUUCGAUAGAGCCCAUCAGAAUAUCAAGCAGUUCAGUAAACCAAAUGAGAAAUGAGAAGGACGAAACGCCACUUACAUUGAAAUGCUCACCUAGAAACAGGAACAGGGAACAAUCGAUCCUUCGAAAUCAAAAUCAACACUACGUUGAGAAUCAAAUAAAUCAGUUCAACAUAUGUCCUCCCUGUUACACGACCGAAGAAAAACGAAAACAAAAUAUGACUCACCGAGAGACAUUAAAGUCUAUAAAGAUCAUAAAAUCGCCGAUGUUUUUCUCGAACUAUGACGAAAAAACCAGUUCCCCAUCGGAUAACACAGAUGCAGACGACCCUUCCUCUCCACGAAUCUGUGCAAAAUCGACGAUGCUGAAUCUCGCCGAUGUUAUAAUCAAUGAGAAAAACAGCGAGAAAGAUUAUUCGGAGAAUGAUAAUAUUCAACGAGUGAAUCCUGCCACUAGAAACGUUCAAAUUCGAUCUACGAAUUAUAAACGACCUCUUCCACAGAGGAUAAGCAACAGUAUAAUAGCUUCGAACGAAGACCGUUACUUUCUCAACAACUCUCUGUUCUUUCCUGACAGAGAGUCGAUUCUCGUGUUCGGCGGGGUCGAUCCUCACGAGGAAUAUGGCUUGUCCGGGAACACCGGCAAGGACAUAUACAGGUUUAAACCUGACCAGAAUAUUUGGGAAUUCGUGGGGGAAAUUCCACGAGCGAGACAUCAUCAUUCGGUCGCUUACUUAAGAGGCCGUAUUUACGUAGUGGGUGGAGCCGAUCCCCUGGAAGACAAACUUCACAGGAAAAGCAUUGCGGUUGGGAACGUUUGGAGUUACGAUCCAACUACCAGGACUUGGUUCAAUGAACCUGGCAUGCUGACAGCUAGAAAGGACUUCGGAUUGGUGGUCAGCCACGGGAAAAUGUACGCGAUAGGAGGGCAAGGCAGGAACGGGAUAGCUUUGAAAACGGUAGAGGCUUUUGAUCCAUCGGACUCCACAUGGAGGGAAGUGCAACCAAUGCAGACCGCGAGGGUUGGACCUGCCAGCGUGAAAUAUCGAGAUCUUAUCUGGGUCGCUGGCGGAAUGACAAAAUCGAAAAAAGAGCUAUUCUCGAAGGACGUUGAGUGCUAUGACCCGAUCAAAAAUUUAUGGCUGAAAGCGAUACCUUUGAGGUCACCGAGGUGCUUUGCCUCCUUCUACGUGGUGUCCGACUGUCUUUACAUGAUCGGCGGGGCAUCGACUAUGGAAAACGUCACUCAGAGCGUCGAUUGCAUUGACGUGUGGGAUGGGAACGAUUGCGUUUGGAGAGAACACGCGAACAUGUCGAUCGCGAGACACGGACAUUCUACUGGCUCGAUAGGUGAUCAAUUGCUGAUAAUUGGAGGAGUAACUACGGUGUUCAUGAAGACCUUGAAUAGCGUCGAAUGUUAUUGUUGUGAUAUAGGAAAAUGGAUGAAGGGCGUAUCCGCGCUGCCGCAUCCGGUUUCCGGUCAUGGAACCGUGUCUUUACCGCCAGCAAAUCUUCUGAUAAAUCGCUGAUAAUUGUGACAUAAAAUACAUCCAAUUUCCUUAUAUGCUGCACUUGAUAAUCAACACAUAUUAAGUACUUAUUCGAUCAUUAACGAAUUUGUAUUUAAUUACUUUUUAAUUAUAUAUCGUACUUUUUACAAAUAUUGCCUUACAAUUUACACGUGUUUAUGUAAUUCUAUACUCUUACAAUAUAUAUCACAAAAAAAAAAAACAAUAUUUUACAAAUUAUCUUCAGUCUAAUUACAUGGAAGCUUUAAUAGAAGUAAGUAGCUUCCGGUAGAAGUAAGUAAAAUCAAACUCGAGCGGAUAAAUAUUUAUUACAAUAAAAUAUUUCUUAUAGGGGUUAAAAGAUAU